GGGGCGGGUUUACACCUUUCAGUGGGAAUCCUCGGUUCAAAAAUCUGCCAACGUCCCUGUGUGAGUGUGUGGGCCAGUUUCUGCUUUCACGACGAGACAAGAGGACACCGAGGUAUGCUCUCCACCAGCGGGACCCGGCUUUACUUUCGUUGAGGACGUUUCUGAUGUUAGCAAAGACAAACUUAACACACAGAAACAGCAACAACUCGCACAGGUGGUGACCGAUCAAGACUCAACCAUCCAGACCUUCUCCCUUCAUCCAGACCUUCUCCCUUCACCUGAGCACGACUAGAAAGAUUAAAAAAUGUCUGUGGAGAGUUACUCGGCGCUGGAUGAGACCUCUCUCCGAGCCUUGCUGGAUGGAACCGUGGAUCUGGACGAGAGGCGCCUCAUCCGUUCAGCCAUCCGGGAGCUGAGGAGGAGAGAGAUCGAGGACAUGGAGGCCGCUCUGGCCAGCAAGAGAUUUCGGCCCACACGCCUCAAACAGCAGGAGGACAAGGAGAACCAGCACAGGUCUGAAUACAAUGACAACUUGGACGUCCUGUCACAAAAACUGCAAUCAAUCCAGGACAUCGAUGAGCUUACGAAAAUGCUUCGUUCUGCCAGCGAGUACGAGGAGAGGAAGUUGAUCAGAGCAGCCAUCCGACAAGUCAGAGACGAACAACAGCAAGGGACUGUGGAGCGGGGUAAAGCUCCGGGUCGCUGCCUUGAACCUGAGAGUGUGGAGACCCAGAGCAGCAUUGGAACUGAGGAGACAGAGCGGGAGAGUCACAGUGAGUGCAUCAGAUCUCAGAACCGGGAGUUACGCGGCCAGCAGACACAACAAAGCAGAGAGCUGCCGAGAAAAGGCUCCAACUCAGGCAUGGUGUUGGUUCUUGAUCACCUGAUGAAGGACGAUGGCCCUGGACCUCUGCUGAUCCAGCCUCAGAGAGAGGCUGUGACCACAGAGCCUGACCUGAUGCUGUCUCAUCGUCAAAGGACCGACUCCUGGGCUUCAGACCGCAGUGGGACCUCUGUGCUUUCUAGGUCCAAUCUGGAUUCUGCGGCCUCAGAGAAGAGUCUGGGCUCGGCCUACAGACCUCGGCUGGACUCUGGAGCUUCAGACAGGAGCCAGAGUCCCUUCCAGCGUGGUCGACUAGAUUCUGGGGCGUCGGAGCGAAGCAUCAGUUCCAUUUCCAAUGUCAGACAGAGACUGGGCUCAGAUGUCUCCGACUCUAGGCCUCGACCCCGUUUGGACUCUGGGGCUUCAGACAGCGUUGGUCUUUUGUCACGGAAACGGACUGACUCAGGGACAUCUGACCAGAGUGUGAGUAUGUCCUCUGAGGAAAGGGGUCCAGUGGAGGAGGUGGAGGUAGCCACAAGUGGUUCAACUUGCAGCACAGAUUCAGAAACCGAGAGCCAAAGACAAGGUCCAGCCAGCCCCCAGGCUCAGUCCAACCAGGACAGCAUCAUUGACCAGGACCAGCCUGAUGGGGCUGUUUUAUCCAGGAGUGAUCCUGCAAAUGGUCUGCUCAACGGCAGCGCCAAGGGAAAAAACGACUUCCAGAAACAAAAGCUGACAAGCAGCGAUCUGCCCCUCACUCAUGGCAAAGCAACUGAUUUUGCACCUGAGAAGAAAGAAGUUGUGGAACAUUUCAACCGCAACAACUCUGUGCGUGAUCGAAUGCGCAAGUUUACAGAGCACAGCCAGAGCCUGAAUGUCCCAGCUUUGAAGAAGGCUCCUCUGAGGAACGGGACCACCUCCGGCAGCAGUGGACAGACAAAUCUCUCCAGAGCCACCGAGCUGUUUACACACACAGCAGCAUCCCUCAGCACAUCUGGAGACAAGCCAGCAGGGCCACGUGCAGAGUCCUCAUCUCGCACCUCUGCCGCAUCCCAGAGUCAGGCCAUACAUCAGCCAAGAGGUGUGGCCAACAAACCUCUGUCUGCAGCUAGCCAAUCACAGAACUCCAUGGGUGGGACAAGGCAUCCAGCUGAAAAAGAUGAGCAUGCCUCCAGUAACUCAAAGGAAGACAGCACCCCAGGGAGAGCAGCAGGACAGCAGGUCACCCAGGGAGAGGCAGACCCGGACAUGAAGACCUUCCUCACCAUCGAGAUCAAGGAUGGGCGCACCACCACCACCAACUCCUCUACGUCCUCCUCUAGGAGCAACAUCGUGCCCAUCACCAACAUGACCCCUCGCAUCACCACUAAUGCUCUGGGACAGAGAGCAGAGUUGACCCUUGGCCUCAGAGCUACACCAUUCAAGAUUUCCUCAUCCAGCCUCUCCUCUGGAUCCUCCAUCAAGAUGGAGACAGAGCCGGUCGUGGCCUCUGAGCCGGUGUUUUCAGCUGGACCGUCUGCGCAGGUGGUGUCUCACAUCCUGGCCAUCCCCAACGGCUCCAGCACUCAGGCCAAACCUGACAAGCGCUCCGGAAAACUGACUGCCGACCAGCUGGGUGCUAUCGAGGAUGAAGAGCUCCUUGACAAAAUGCUUGAUGAGUCAAAAGACUUUGAGGAGAGGAAGAUGAUCCGUGCAGCCAUGAGAGACCUUCGCAAGAGAAAGAGAGACCAGAGAGAGAAGGAGCGCGACACCCGUCUGCAGGAGCUCCGGCAGCAGAGAGAAGAGCGAGCACAGAAAGGCCACGCUGGGGUCGGAGCAGGAGAGCUGGUGAUGCGGAAGGUGGAGAAGUCGGCAGAUGGCUCCAGCCUCAGCCAAGUCACCAAGACAGACCGCUUUGCUUCAUCAGAUGAUGGGAGCAAAUCAACACGCAGCACUGUCGUCGAGGCCAGUUAUGUGCAGAAGACAGACAGAGGGACAGUCCAGUCAAAAUCAUACAGCUUCAGCUCUUCCACAUCAUCAUCGUCCUCCUCCAACACAAGCAAAAAAGUGGGCAGUGUGUUUGACCGUGAGGAUGACACAUCGUCUCGCGGCGGCAGCGGCGGGUUGGCCGCAGUGGAGCGAAGGCAGGCCGAGAGGCGCAAGGAGCUGAUGAGGGCUCAGACUCUGCCGAAGACCUCCGCCAUGCAGGCCCGCAAAGCUAUGAUAGAGAAGCUGGAGAAGGAGGGAGGCGGCCCUGGAAAUCAGGCGGUCGCCAAGGUAAACAAGGUCCAGCGUUCCACCAGCUUUGGUGUACCCAACGCAAACUCCAUCAAGCAGAUGCUGCUCGACUGGUGCCGAGCCAAAACCCGCUCUUAUGAGCAUGUGGAUAUUCAGAACUUUUCAUCCAGCUGGAGUAACGGCAUGGCAUUUUGUGCCCUGGUGCACAACUUUUUCCCUGAAUCCUUUGACUACGACUCCCUGAGCCCCAGCAACCGCAGGCAAAACUUUGAGGUGGCAUUCAGCACUGCAGAGAAACUAGUGGACUGUCCCCAGCUGUUGGAUGUGGACGACAUGGUGAAGAUGCGCGAGCCGGAUUGGAAGUGUGUGUAUACGUACCUGCAGGAGUUCUACAGGGGUCUGGUGACGAAGGGCCUGGUUAAAACCAAAAACUCCUCCUAGAGUCGCACCCCACCUAAAACUGAACCCAUGGACCUACGCCAACUGCAUGCCUUUACUGGAGGUGGAGGACAUGAUGAUCAUGGGUAAUAAACCCGACUCCAAAUGCGUCUUCACCUACGUGCAGUCUCUGGUCAACCACCUGCGCAGAUACGAGAUGUCCAUGGGUCGACCCUGUGACCUCUGACCUGUGCUCAGUGAGUGUGCUGCCUCGACGUGGCCUCAUCCCUGGACCCUCCCGCUCCCUUCACAAGCCCUGACCCCCCCCCCCCCAGCUCUAUCUUAUCCUGAUGACCGCCUCCACACUGACAGGCUGCGUCACAGAGUUGCUCAUCUCUGAUGGACAAGUUGGGAUUGUGUGUGUGUGUGUGUGUGUGUGUGUGUGUUUGCUUAUUAACUUUGUUGGCAGUGGUGAUGUGUAUUAAUUAUUUCAUUAACACAAAGUCCACCUCUCUCCAGCAAGACAGCGCCAAAGUUUUUAUUAGACUACUUUUUAAGAUUUUAAAUUUGACAUCUUGUUUUUGUAUUUAGCUUUGUACAAGGUAAUAUUAGUGUACUAAAAAACACUUCAAGAGAGAAAAGAGAAAUAUUUUUAUAGUAUUUCUUGUAAGUUAUUUAUACCUGCAUUUUUACUGCUAGUUUUUCGAUUUGCUGUCAUUGCUGUUGGUAAUUCCACAAAAAUAAACCCAACCAUAUGAUGCAGUAUUUGGUUUUCAUUUCGGUACUUUUGAACUUUUACCAAAUUCUGGCUGCUUGAAGUAUUUUAAUUAAGUUAUUACUAUUGUCAUGUUGAUGUAAACAAUUUUCAUAUGACUAUUUAAUACAUGAUCACAGAGAUGUUGUUUCUUCAUUGUUCAAUUGUUUUGAAUAAGCUCACCUUGUUUCAAUUUGUUUUUGAACAUUGUAGUCCUCCUGUAUCACUGUAUCAUCACACUAUUCUUACAGGAAAAAUGCUUGCAGUGAAACACAUUCUUAAUUCAGGCAGAACAACUAGAGGAAUGGGUUGCAGCCUGACAUCAUAAAGCUGACCUUUAUCAUUACUUGAUGCUUCUUAGUGCUUUACUGGCAGCUUUUGUACAGAGAAAAGUGUGUAGAGCAGUGCUGCCAUCAUCCAGCAGCAUCACUUGCCCUGCCAAACACACUCACACACCGCUCUUUUAGAGGGCUCUUUAUUUAUGCCAGUAGAUUUUUGUUGAAGUAUAAUAUUUUUUAUUUUGUCAGUGUGUACAUUAUGCUUUAAAAGUUGUGUUUAAAGUGUGUCAAUAAGAUAUCACCUUGUUUUGUAAAAAAAUAAUUGGGGUCACUUUUUGGACAAGUUAAAGGGCCUGAUGAAAGCCGGCUUUCUGUUUAAACAUGAGUAAUCAUGACUGAACAUAACUGCCAAUUGUAUAUUUUACAACGUGAAGCUAAUGGAAAUUUUUUAAUCAAGAUUUUUAUUCUGCUUGUAAGAUUAAGAUUCCUCUGAGAAGAUGUCAAAAAUCUGACCGUUUCAGAGCUGAAUGAGCUUGAUGAAACUUAUUUCUAAAAGCUCUGUUUAAGUAGAUUCAGACAAAUUAUGUGAGAAUUAUUUCACCACUGCCAACUGAAAAAAACUAAACCUUCCACAGAGCAGUGAGUGCUGUAAAUAAGAGCUCAAGCACAUCAUUUCAUGUGUCUGUGCACCACUGUUAAUGAAUCAAAAUUAAACCAA